CACUGUGCAGGGUAGAAGGGAACAGGACCCAUAUGUCAGUGGUCUAGGAUGGCCAGUGAAGGCUCCAGUAUCCCAAGUCCUGUGGUCCGUCAGAUUGACAAGCAGUUUCUGAUUUGCAGCAUAUGCCUGGACCGCUACAAGAACCCCAAAGUACUUCCCUGCCUGCACACAUUCUGUGAGAGGUGCUUACAGAAUUACAUUCCAGCCCAUAGCUUAACCCUUUCCUGCCCUGUGUGCCGCCAGACCUCCAUUCUACCAGAGAAAGGGGUUUCUGCACUCCAGAACAACUUCUUUAUCACCAACCUGAUGGAUGUCCUGCAACGAACACCAGACAACAGCAUUGAGGAGUCCUCCAUCUUGGAGACUGUCACUGCUGUUGCUGCAGGCAAACCUCUCUCCUGCCCCAAUCAUGAUGGAAAUGUGAUGGAGUUUUACUGCCAAUCCUGCGAGACAGCCAUGUGCCGAGAGUGUACAGAGGGAGAACAUGCAGAGCAUCCCACAGUACCACUCAAGGAUGUGGUGGAGCAACACAAGGCUUCUCUCCAAGUCCAGUUGGAUGCUGUCAACAAAAGGCUUCCAGAGAUCGACUCAGCACUUCAUUUUAUAUCUGAAAUCAUACACCAGUUAACCAACCAAAAGGCUAGCAUUGUAGAUGACAUUCAUUCCACUUUUGAUGAACUCCAGAAGACGUUAAAUGUGCGAAAGAGCGUGCUGCUUAUGGAACUGGAAGUGAAUUAUGGCCUUAAACACAAAGUCCUCCAGACACAGCUGGAUACCUUACUUGAAGGACAAGAAAGCAUUAAAAGUUGCAGCAACUUUACAGCCCAAGCUCUCAACCACGGCACUGAAACUGAAGUUCUGCUGGUGAAGAAACAAAUGAGUGACAAGCUGAAUGAACUGGCUGAGCGGGACUUCCCGCUGCAGCCUCGUGAAAAUGAUCAGUUGGACUUCAUAGUGGAAACAGAAGGCCUGAAGAAGUCCAUUCACAAUCUGGGUACUAUUUUAACCACCAAUGCUGUCGCCUCUGAAACAGUUGCCACAGGUGAGGGACUGAGGCAGACAGUGAUCGGACAGCCCAUGUCUGUUACCAUCACAACAAAGGACAAAGACGGGGAGCUCUGUAAAUCUGGGAAUGCUUACCUCACGGCAGAGCUGAGCACACCUGAUGGCAGUGUAGCAGAUGGAGAAAUACUUGACAAUAAAAACGGCACUUACGAAUUUUUGUAUACUGUUCAGAAAGAAGGGGACUUCACUUUGUCACUGAGACUUUAUGAUCAACAUAUCAAGGGCAGCCCGUUCAAACUCAAAGUGGUCAGAUCAGCGGAUGUGUCUCCUACCACUGAAGGUGUCAAGAGGCGUGUUAAAUCUCCUGGCAGUGGUCAUGUGAAGCAGAAAGCUGUGAAAAGACCUGCGAGCAUGUACAGCACUGGCAAAAGAAAAGAGAAUCCCAUUGAAGAUGAUUUGAUCUUCAGAGUAGGCACAAAAGGAAGAAACAAAGGGGAAUUCACAAAUCUUCAAGGUGUAGCUGCAUCUACAAAUGGAAAAGUAUUGAUAGCAGACAGUAACAACCAGUGUGUGCAGAUAUUUUCCAAUGAUGGUCAGUUCAAAAGCCGUUUUGGCAUACGAGGGAGAUCUCCUGGCCAGUUGCAGAGGCCGACAGGAGUGGCUGUGCAUCCAAGUGGUGACAUCAUUAUUGCAGAUUAUGAUAACAAAUGGGUUAGCAUAUUCUCAUCAGAUGGAAAAUUUAAGGCCAAAAUAGGAUCUGGAAAGCUCAUGGGCCCUAAAGGUGUUUCUGUGGAUCGUAACGGACACAUAAUUGUAGUGGACAAUAAAGCAUGCUGUGUCUUCAUCUUCCAGCCAAACGGGAAAAUAGUCACCAGGUUUGGUAGUCGAGGAAAUGGUGACAAGCAGUUUGCAGGUACACUUGAUGGUCCUCAUUUUGCAGCUGUAAACAGCAACAAUGAAAUUAUUGUUACAGAUUUUCAUAACCAUUCUGUCAAGGUAUUUAACCAGGAGGGAGAAUUCUUACUGAAGUUUGGAUCAAAUGGAGAAGGAAAUGGACAAUUUAAUGCACCAACUGGAGUAGCUGUAGAUUCUAAUGGCAAUAUUAUCGUAGCAGACUGGGGAAACAGCCGGAUACAGGUUUUUGAUGGAAGUGGAUCGUUUUUAUCCUACAUUAACACCUCUGCUGACCCACUUUACGGUCCCCAAGGUCUGGCCCUUACUUCUGAUGGCCAUGUUGUAGUUGCAGACUCUGGAAAUCACUGCUUCAAGGUCUACCGAUAUUUACAGUAG